GGGGGCAAGUGGUGCCACGUCCACUCCUGGUUGCCGCUGUUCAACUUUACCCGCAAGGUUGAUGCCGGACCCAUAGCUGGGGAGUACCUCCAGUCGCCGGAUGGCUCAAAUGUUGAUAAUGGACCAAGCGCUUGGACUAAGCCGCUCUGGCCACGUUCGGGCUGCGCUCAACAGGGUGAUUGUCCUCUGCUUGCGUGCGAGGGAAACCGACUGGGACGACGAUGAACUUCUAGAGGCGUUCCACCAUCUGGUCGUACAGCUGAAGAAAUCGAUGCAAAGCAAAGCGCAUUCCAAAGGUAGAGGGCAGAGAUCAAGCACGCCGCAGGAAAACGUCAGCAUGAGGUCAUCAAAGAAGAUGAGAAAAUCACCAAGACUGAGGAGGACGUGGCGGACGCGUAUCGCUGCAGCAACAAGACCGCCCACCUAUGCGGACACGGCAUGAAGCUGCGGAGCCGUUAGCGCUCGACCGGUCGUUCACCGGGGUUGCUAAACAGCGACGGAGAGCUUUCCGAGGGUUGCCAUGGCUGAUGCAAGUUUCUUUGUGCAGACUUGGUCGUGCUUACUUGGGGAUGCGGACGCGGUGAUGCGGGUUCAAAGAUGUGGACCCGUCGAUG